AUGCCCCUGCAGCAGUUUGCCAGCAAUGAGGCCCCUCGGAAAGUGGGCGAGGCCAAGGGGAAAGUCCCCAAGAAACCAGAUGAGGCCAAGGAGGAGCCUCCCAAGGCAGGCAAGGUGAACAAGGCAGCCAAGAGGCCAGCAGAGGCGCAGAAGUUUCCUCUCAAGCCAGGCGCAGCCACAGAAAAAGCUCGCAAGCAAGGCAGCAAGGCACAGCCAGGCGAGGCUCAGAAGGUGCCCCCCAAGCCAGACAAGGCCACGCGGGCCCCUUCUAGUGCCAGCGGGUUCAGCAGGAAGGCAGAGGCCAAAGGCAGCAGGAGGAGCCAAGGAGAUGCUGAGGCCUGCAGGAAAACCAAAGCUGGGAGUAAGAGUUCAAGACCCACGGUCAGCAAGGUCAAGAAUGGUGCUGCUUCCCCAACCAAAAAGAAGUUGGUAGCCAAGGCCCAGGCCCCUAGAGGGGCAGCUGCCCCCAGGGCUGGGCAGGGGCUGAAUGCCAAGGGUGCUUCUGCUAAGGCCAGUGGGUCCAAGGUGGUGCCUGCACACCUGUCCAGGAAGACAGAGGCCCCUAAGGGCUCGAGAAAGGCUGGGCUGCCCAUCAACAUCAAGUCCUCAUCAUCCAAAGUGUCCAGCCAGAGGGCUGAAGCUUAG